UGUAAUAGUCAUCUGUGUCUAUUUCACCAUGGAAAGAAAACAACUACUAACACACAACUAUAACUUGACUAAAGAAAAUGAGAGAUUACUUUCAAAUCUGACUGAAGAAAGAGAGAAAUUCAGAAAAAAGAGUGAUGAACUUCAAGCGGUCAGACAAGUGGAACUGAAGGUUGGAUUCAUGGGUUGGAUUAAACUGUCAUCAGUGAGGCGACCAAUCACGAAGAGCUGUGUCGUCAUCAGAACUCUGUGCAGCCGCUCUGGAGAGGCUGCACCGGCUGAGUUAGCCGGCUACUCUCAAAACGCUCUUGCGAUCUGGAGUGACAGCAGACGAGACUGUGAAGAGAGAGGAGCAAAUCUGCUGAUUAUAAACAACAAAGAGGAACAAGAGUUUGUGCUGAAGGCUACAGCUGGUUAUAAUUAUUGGAUUGGUCUGAGUAAAGAGGGAGGGGAGUGGAAAUGGGUUGAUGGCACCACAUUGACAUUAAGUUUCUGGGUGAAUGGAUCAUCUUACAAUCAUAAUUGUGCUGCAGCAGAUGCAUCAGGAUGGACUGAUUAUCAGUGUAAUUCAAUAUACAGAUGGAUCUGUGAGAAGAGAAUCUUUGAACACCAGAACAAAAAUCUGUUUAGUAAUUUUGUUACACAAUGAAAAACACAAAUUUAUUAAAGAGAUUAAAUUUUUGUUUUGU